UGGAGAUCGGCUGCAGCAAGGCGAGAGCUGCGGUUAUCCAGCUGAGAGCGGGUCUUUGUGAGAGAGCAUGCUGAGCAGGAAGGGCUCCUCCGCGGGCACGGUGGACCGCGGCAGGGUGCGGGAGCGGCUGCAGGCUGCGCUGGCCGGGCUGCAGGAGCUGCGGCUGCUCCGGGACCGGCACGGAGACAUGGUGAGCUGGGCCCUGCAGCUGGACCGGGAGGAGCCGGUCAGCGCGCUGUGCGCUGACCCGGUGGAGGCUGAGGAGCAGCGGCUGGAGGCGACCCUGACCGCGCUGAAGCAACAGCUGUCUCGCCUUCGGAAGCAGGAUGUUGGCCUGAAGACUCACCUGCAGCAGCUGGACCAGCAGAUCAGUGAGUUGAAGUUGGAUGUGAGCAAGGCCUCCACUGAUCAGCUGGAGAGUGACAGCAGGCCCAGCUCAGGUUUCUAUGAGCUCAGCGACGGCGGCUCUUGCUCCCGGUCCAACUCCUGCACAUCUGUUUACAGCGAGUGCCUGUCAUCCUCCCAGACCAGCCUCAUUCCCCUGAGCCCAACCGGUUGCCACGUUAGCCCCCCACCACAGGUUGAUGCUUUCCACCGCCGCUCUGUUGAUGAGAGCCCUGGCCAGCCCAACCCUCCACGGUCCACCGGCCUCCAUCUCGGCAGCAGCAGAAUCCGAGCGAGCACCAUAGGCACAGAUUAUCAGACACGGCCGAGGCCGGUGUCAACAGGAGAUCUUGAAAGAAUCAUGGCUCAAGGAUUGGGCUGCUUCAGGUCUGCAGAUGCAAAGAAACUCCCAGUGUGUCCGAAACAGAAGAUCUCCCCAGUGGAUCCCAAAUUCCAGCGUAAUCUGGAGUCCUGUGGUGGCACUGAAGUUUACCCAUACCCCAGUCCCCUGCAUGCUGUGGCUCUCCAGAGCCCAAUCUUCUUCCAGGGGGGUGAAGACAGAAAACUGGUUCUCCGAGAGGGGCAAGGAGCCUCAUCGAAUGGCUACGACUCUCUCCAGAUGGGUUACAAAAACAAGACCCUGGGCUACAUUGACAAGCUCCUCCAGCGCACCUUGAGCAAAAGCCAAAUUAAUGCAAGUGCAGAGACAGUGGAGAUACAAGACAGCAACGAGACAAAGCCAGCUGAAAAUAUAAAUGUGUCUUUUGAAGUGUCUCAAACACAUGAGUCCAGUUUAAGUCCUCCUCAAGCUAAAAACCAAAAUCUUCCAGUGAACGGUGAGCCGAUCAGGAAUCGUACUGCAUACUCCAACCAACAGCUGAAUGAUCAGAAGAGCCACGAGUCACUGAGAGGCCCAGGCAUUCAAUACAGGUAUUCCUAUCGCGCUGUCAUGAAGGAGUACAGCUCUGAUGAAGUGUCACACUCAACCCUAAAGAAGAACGACAAACCCACAACAGAAAACUCUGAUUUGCCAAGGAAUCAUUCUGAUAAAAACUGUGGCGAAUCACUUGAGACAGAGAUGAGGAAGAGUCAUUGGCAAAGACCGUUUGUUGCUCAGACAUCAAGUCCAAGCUUUGAGGUCCAGAGCGGUCAUGCAAGCUCUCCUGAGUUUGUCCAUGCCAAGUUUGUCCCUGCCUCCUCUCAGAGGGUCAAGGUUAGACAAGCGGACCGCAAAACCAAGGCUGUGAAACUCAAACGAAAAAGCUCAGACAAGCCCCGAGCGUUGAGACAGCAACACAGCUUCUCAUCCGGUGAAAGAACCAAAGAGGUCGGCUUUGGAGCCAGAGGGGAGCAAAGGAGAUCAGGAAAGGGGAAAGUCAGUGAGAAAGGUGGCGCCUGGCAAACACAUGAACACAGACAGCGGUCCAGCUCUGAGUCCAGUCUCUACGGUCCUGGAGUCAGAAUCACCCAGAAGGGCCACCCGAAACCACAGCCAGUCCCCGCUUCAUCUAAGCUCAGCAAGAACCGUAGACCACAGUCCAUGGAGUAUGAGCAUCCAGUUGAGCAACGAAGAAGGAGACAGGCAACCCCUAAAUGGCAAUCUGAUGUGGACAUUUACCAGGCACCCUUUCUUCAGCACCAGAGGUCAAAGGAGAGCAUGCAGACGGUCCGGAGUCUUAAGCCAGGUCAAUGGAUUGGACCAUCACACCCUUUCCACUUCUCCAUGUCCUCCAACUCUUUCCUCCAAAGUCUGAAUGCCAGGUAUCCUCCAGCACCCUUCAACAUGACCAGCCUCUACCCACCCAGAUGUGAGUCUGAGUACUCAGCUGAGUGUGCCUCGUUGUUCCACUCCACCAUCGCCGAAAGCAGUGAGGGAGAGAUGAGCGACAACACCACCAACCGCUUCGGAGACAGCGAGUCCAGCCAGAGCUCCCAGUCCUUCUCUGACUCCGACAGCAACCUGUCCCUGGAAGAGGAGGAAGAAGUGGAGAUAAAUGAGGCGGUGGAGGGUGGGAUGGUGUGGGCCGAGGCGGCGCUGGGGCCCACUGCAGCCGGGCAGCCCCUCCGACAGCUCCCAUCGCGCCCCGAGCCUGCGGCCUGCCGCAUCAAAGCUUCCCGAGCUCUGAAGAAGAAGAUCCGCCGAUUUCAGCCAGCCUCCCUGAAGGUCAUGACCCUGGUUUAGAUAAAAGAUGCCCUGCAGCAAGAAUGAAGACUCCUGGGAAAGCCCCUCUGUGUGGUGGGAACUACUUUAAAAAAAUAGCUUAACCAGAUCUAAUGAAGUCUCUAGGACAACACCUUUAAUCUGGACUGCAUUCAUCAAACACAAACAAGGAGAUUGUAUGAAAACAUAUAUAACACUAUAAUCACAAUUAAACUUCCUGUUAAAGGACUUAUGUUGCUACAAGUGUUCAAACACAUUUCUGUCUUUUGUAUUUUCUUUUAGCAAGUAAUUUGUUUUCUAUUCUGCUUUAAUUGUUCUUACAUAUUGCAAUUAUUGAUGUUUGACUCAUAAGAAUAAACUGAUAUUUAAUUAA